AUGACUGAUACUGUCGCUUUCAAUGGAUUCCCUUUAUUCAUGAUACUGGAAUGCAAUAGACAAGAUGAUCUCAUUGACACACAAGAAAUGACUGAUACUGUCGCUUUCAAUGGAUUCCCUUUAUUCAUGAUACUGGAAUGCAAUAGACAAGAUGAUCUAAUUGACACACAAGAAAUGACUAAUGCUGUCGCUUUCAAUGGAUUCCCUUUAUUCAUGAUACUGGAAUGCAAUAGACAAGAUGAUCUCAUUGGCACUCAAGAAAUGACUAAUGCUGUCGCUUUCAAUGGAUUCCCUUUAUUCAAUACGAGUAGCAAAAGAGCAAAUGAGCGUAAGAGCAAAGCGUAG